CCUGAAAACAGCAGUCUCUCAUCGGUAACUCGCUGAGCUUGCCAUUCAUAGUCUGCAACUUAGGGGGUCUCUGUGGCCGUGUAGGCCUUCCCAUACAACUCCCUUUGUCCCCCAAUAAUUCCAUGUCAGACGAGUCUACACCUGACUGGGUGACACCUUUGUUUGAAUUUAUCACAGAUAUCUACGUCGCGUCGUCGUAAGGAAUGACACUCGACUCACCAAAUGGUAGGUGAUUGACUUAGACCAUGUCUGUAGGCAUGGAUAGUCUAUGUUGCGGGAUUACUCAGUCCAGCACAGCAGCCCGGUACCUGAAAUUCGCGUCGCGUCGCACGCCACCGCAGCGAUCAGCGCACUUCAUCUCCUCUUUGUUCGCCGUCUAGAAGACUGUCGAAAGAACCAUGCUCGGUGUAACGACUACAAGCGGCAGUUACGAUCUCUUAGGCAGCCGUGUUACCUACUCGAUCUGGGCUCCUGGGGUGAUGAGGAAGUUUGGUUGAUAGAGCCGGGGAAGAGUACCAGCUUUGCUAUCUUGAGUUACUGUCGAGGUCAACCGCCGCCGGACUAUACAACAACAUCAGCGAACUUACAAUAUUCUAUGGCUGGAUUUCUUCUUAAGAAUUUUCCCAAAACAAUUCGAGAUGCCGUAUGGGUUACUCUCGGUCUCGGUUUGCGAUAAUUUUGGGUAGAUGCACUCUGCAUCCUUCAGGACCAAGAUGACGAGAUGAUUCAGAACGAAGUCGGCAUCGCGCUUGAAUUCUAUGCUCGGGCGAGCAUUCUUACAGGAGCCGCCUCUGCGCCGCACAGCAGCGCCGGGUUCUUAGCACCUCGAGAU